CAAGCCUCCCCGCCGCCCUCCGUAGCUCGACGCGACGCUGUCUCGCGCACGCCACGCUGAAGGCGCGGAGGGGGCACGCGCUGCAGCGUCCCCCCCUCCGGUCUGCGCGUUCAGAGGAGCCGCCCCCGCAAUAGAUAGAACGUGCAGCUCCCCAAUCCCCACCAGGCAAUACUGACAACUUCGGCUGGCCCGCCGAGGCAGAAAAAGUUACUGCGCCUGCGCAAGGGUGGAGGUUCCGGGAGAGGCGGCGCGUGCUGGAACUGUUAGUGUCAGCGGGCAACGCGCAUGCGUCAGCGGGACGCCUACAGGACCUAGGGUGGGCGAGAGCCUAUGAGGCGCUUUUGUGGCCGCGGCGCAGGGGGCGGCGCCUGAUUUGAACGGGCCGGCGGCGGGGCCGGGGACUGGGACUGGGACUGGGCGGACGUCGUCUGUCCGCGCCGCCGCCGCUGCCGCGCCAUGGCCAAGCAGCUGAGCCGGGAGCAGGGCAUCACCCUGCGGGGCAGCGCCGAGAUCGUCGCCGAGUUCUUCUCUUACGGCAUCAACAGCAUUUUAUAUCAGCGUGGGAUCUAUCCCUCGGAGACCUUCACGCGCGUCCAGAAAUACGGGCUCACUCUGCUCGUCACUACAGAUCCUGAACUUAAAAACUACCUGAACAACGUGGUAGAACAGCUAAAAGACUGGUUAUGCAAGUGUUUAGUACAGAGGCUGGUGGUGGUAAUCUCUAGUAUUGAAAGCAGUGAUGUUCUUGAAAGGUGGCAGUUUGACAUUGAAUGUGACAAGACUGCAAAGGAUGAGAGCGUACCAAGAGAGAAAUCUCAGAAAGCUAUCCAGGAGGAAAUUCGAUCUGUUAUCAGACAAAUAACUGCCACAGUAACAUUUCUGCCUUUGUUGGAAACAUCCUGUGCCUUUGACCUACUCAUUUACACAGACAAAGAUUUGGCAGUGCCAGAAAAAUGGGAAGAGUCAGGACCACAGUUUAUUGCCAACUCUGAAGAGGUCCGUCUUCGUUCCUUCACUACCACCAUUCACAAAGUAAAUAGUAUGGUGGCCUACAAAAAGGAUUCCUUUCCUUGAUGGAAUGAAUAAUGUGGUGUGUGUCCAGAAACUGCCUUCUUGUAAAUCUGAUGCUAUGAACUGUAGUUUCAUCCUGAACAGUGUUUGUGGUGUGGGUGUUUUUCUGUAUCUUUUACUCAACUUUGGAUCAAAAUAAUAGCAAAACAAAGCAGUUCUCUUGUUCACAUUACACCGUAUGCUGUGCUGAGGCCUUGUUGACCUAUUGUCAUCCCUCUAAUGAGAGACAAAGGAUUUACUUAAGAAUAUGGCAGUGUCUUCUUAUACUGAACAGUAUGCCAAAUCCAUUCUAGAUUGGAGCACCAAGAGCAAUAUCAAACACUUAACCCCUCUAAAACCUGGCUUAGAAAGGCUGCUUAGAGAUAAUGCACUUAUGAUUGCCCUGGAAUACUUUUUGAAUGGCAGCUGUUACCUAAUCUUCAAUAUGAUCUCAUAAUAAUAAAUAAGAGGUGCACACUAACAGACUUCUAAAAAUGGUUCUGACAAAUAGGGGUUGUUCUUGAUAGCAAUUUAGGUGGACAGUGGUGUUAAUGAAGAUGAUUCUGGAAUUAAUUCACUGAAGUCUCAUCUGUUCCUCCUACCUCUCUGCUCCGGGACAGAAAUUAUAAAAUCAGUCCUCUCCACUGUGUAAUGAAAGGUCUGGAUAUGAAUGAUUGAUUGUACUCUAGCCUAAACCCAAAAUCUCUAUUGUUUUACUCUGUGGGUAAUGUCUUCAUGUUAAUAUUUGUCUUAUUUUGUAUUCAUGUUUUAUAGAAUAAAGCUCUAAAAUCUUUAAUGAAAACUUUA